UCUUGGGUUUCUCACACACCAGAGUUCACCAGGAAGGAGACAUCCAGAAAGAGGCUCACCUACGUGGAAGCCUCACAUGGCUCACAGGGACACGUGUACACAGCAGAGGAACUUACCUGUGGAUGACCAGAUUGCCCUGCUGAAGGAGGCCUUCGAGCUGUCCCAGCUGAGGUUCAACUCGUUGUUCCACGUGGAGAUGGGGACGCGGGAGUGUGGCCAGUCUCCGACUGCCUGGUUCCUGUCUCUGAAGAUCAUGGCCAUGUUCGCUGAGCUCUGCAGCCACAUGACCCAGCACACUGGCAGCGGCUGCGCACCCAGGACACACCGCUUGACUGCCCCUCAUGCAGGAACUGUUCAGCAUCACCGUGUGCUGCUGGCCCAAUACGGCUCCACCGGGAAACCCGCAAGGGAGCAGGCAGCACUGACUCAUUCCCGGAUUCCCGCCCCAAGGACUUAA